CCGGGCCCCGCCUCCCAGCGCGGGGUCACGUGACCAGGGGAUAUUUUAAGCUCGAGCCGAAGGCGGCAAGAAUUGCUCUGUAGCGUGAAGGCGCCGCUCGGUCUAACAAUGACUACAAAUAUGAAGCACAGAUUUGAUGCUGAUAACACCACACCUUCCAUAAAGAAUUUCACCAAUGGAGUUGCAAGUAAUACAUCACUAAGACGAACAUUGCAAGUAAUUCAACCUGUUGCUACUUCAGAUCAGCUUGUUGGCAGGUUAAAUGAGUCCCACAAGCAGUCUCCUAAAAGAAAGCACUGGAAUGAUGAUCAACCAAAGAGUUGCAAGAAAUCACGCACACAGAACCCUCAAGACUUUGCAGGAUGCAACAAUGAAAACUCAGGAACUGAUAUGACAAAAAAAGCUUACCAACUUCUUGUCAAAUCAAAUCCUCCUUCUCUAUACUGGAAGGAGCUGGCAGAGGAGCGGAGAAAAGCCCUUUUCCAAGUUUUGCAAGAAAAUGAAAGAUUACACAAAGAAAUUGAACUUAAAGAUGAAGAUAUUUUGAAGUUGCAGAAAGAGAACCAAGAUUUACUGGAGUUAGCAGAACAUGUACAGUACAUGGCUGAUAUGAUUGAGAAAUUAACUGGACAGAGCGCUGAUGAAUUAAUGCAGGAGUCAGAACAGGAAGUUGAAGAAACACAUGGUUCUGAAGAGUUGAAACUGGAAUCACAACAGGAAGCAGAGUCCAAGCUGACUACUGAACCUGUAAAAGAAUCUGAUGACAAAUGUUCCUUGAGAGAAUCUGAGGAAGAAGAUUAGGCACAAUCAUUUUCUUGACUGCUUGAGCUGCUGACACCAAAAGGGAGGGAGAUAUUAUUCCCAUUAGUUCUGGAAGAAAUUUCCAGUGAUGCUGCAAUGAACAAUGCCAGAUGUACAAACUGCCAUCCUUUUCAUUUCAUGGACCUUUGAUCUUGUGGGAAAUGUUUGAGUUGAUUGCAUAUGUUACCUUUUGUAGCAAUAUGAUGGACAAGGUUAUUAAAUUUGACUUUGGUAUGCAAAAUGCAUUCCAGGGAAAACUGUAUAUUUAAGAGCAAGUGCUUUUAGUCGAUGUUUUAGUAUGUACACUAAUAAAUAACUUGUAAAGUUUUUCACUUCA